AUGGAGCACGUAAGCAACAGUGUUUCCCUUGUUGAGCUGAAGAAGCGUUCUCUCAUUCCCCGACAAUGGGAGGGCCAAGUCCGUGCUAUAGGGAUAUCGGAGUACAAAGAAGCAGCGCUGUCUCUAGCGCAGGCCUUUGCUACUGAUGAACUGGCACAGUACCUCCUCGAUUCGGACGACAUGGUCGGUUGCGACGACGAAACUAAGUGGAGACUCCACGUCGAUAUCUUCAAUUACAUCGUCGCCGCCCACUGCUACAGGGGCAUCGUGACCACCAUCGGGCCGGAUUACGAGGGCGUGGCGCUCUGGAUGCCGCCGGGUCAAGAAAUGGAUGACUGGUUGACCACCAUCCGCAGUGGUAUGUGGAGACUCUACUAUCAACUGUCCGCCGAGGGCCGCAGGCGCUACUACCAGGAGCUUAUGCCGGUGCUCCACAACACGAAGCAAGAGAUCAUGGGCGAUAGGGAUAACGACUGCUACUACCUGGUCUACCUGGGCACCAAGCCAGCCGGCCAGCGUAGGGGCUACGCGAGGAAGCUCAUUGAUCAAAUGGCUGCUAAGGCCGAUGCCGAGGGCCGAGCCAUGUACCUCGAGUCGAGCUCGCUGAAGAACAACUCGUACUACAAGAAGUUCGGGUUCGAGAUCAAGAAGGACGUCUACCUCGGCGCCGACAGCAAGUCCCCCGUCCGCUUGACCUGCAUGGUCCGUGAGCCCCAGAAGCUGCCCAAGUCGAUCCCCAUCAAGCUCCACGGCGGUGCUUCUGCCGGGUUCAAGAAGAUGUAA